AUGAACUCAUAAUUACAGUUAAACAAACCAUUCAAACCCUUAGGAGAUAUUGAGGAUGUUCAAAUCAGAGAUUUCUCAGUGUAGUUUAAAUCACAGAAUUCAGUGUGCAAAUUCAAAAGAACUUAAAGAGUGGACUUUAUAUCAACAUUUUACACUGGCAACGUACCAUCGUCAUCCAAAACACCUGUAAAAGGAAUACUCAAAUAAUGA